AUGCUGCUCAUAUUCACUGUUCUUCUGGCCUUCUUGAAUGCCUUGGCCUUCGCAGCGGAUCAGAGCCCAGAUGUGGCAUUCUCUCUGACCCAGGAAUACCGACCGGAUACCGAGUGGCGGACUUGCAGGUCAGCAGGAAACGUGAGGACAAAUUGCGGCUUCUGUUACCUUCGUGGGAGUUUCUUGGGUUGGAAUUGCGCUUGCGAUACCUUUUGUCACAACACAAUGAACGAAUGCUACUACAUCACCGAGUCGAAUCCCGGUGGAUACGAGAAGAUCAGUUGCGUGAGAGACCAAGCAAUCACUGUUUGA